AGAAUUAAUUAACCAAUAACAACCGAACGGAGUAGAAUCGCAUAAGCGGAGAGCGCGGAAAGCCGAGGUCGGAAGUCGGAAGGAAGAAAUGGCGGUGGCGGUGGCGGUGGUGGAGUUACUGCCGAGAGAGUAUGGCUACGUGGUUCUGGUACUGGUUCUCUAUGCUUUUCUCAACAUCUGGAUGUCUCUGCAAGUCGUCAGGGCUCGCAAGAAGUAUAACGUGCAAUAUCCAGCUCUUUACGCUUUAGAGUCUGAGAACAAGGACGCCAAGCUCUUCAACUGUGUUCAGAGAGGGCACCAAAACUCUCUGGAGAUGAUGCCGUCGUUCUUCGCUUUGCUGCUUCUGGGAGGACUCCAGCAUCCUCUGAUUGCUGCGGGGCUUGGCGUUGUUUACACAGUGGCUCGUUAUUUCUAUUUCACUGGCUAUGCCACUGGAAUUCCUGAGAAACGUUUGACAAUCGGGAGGUUCAAUUUCUUGGCGGUGCUGGGGCUGAUUAUUUGCACGGGUUCGUUGGGGAUCAAUCUUCUCAAGAAAUGAAAAUAGUAAAAUCUAUGUUUUGUUUGUUGUGUUGUUAAGUACUUUACAGCGAUGCAGAUUCUUGCUUUUCCUUUUGCGGGUUUUUUGUUCAAACUGCUACUAGAAGUGUCAAGUUUGCUUUUUGGUUUUCCAAUUCUCUACGCUUAUGGCAGGCGGGUUCUUCUUUAAACCCGAUUGCCCAGCGUACCCGGAUAAAGCAUGAUUUCAUUUAUUGCCUGAUUACAAA